AUGGGCCGGAAAAAGAUCCAGAUCAGCCGGAUCCUGGAUCAGCGGAACCGGCAGGUGACCUUCACGAAGCGCAAGUUCGGCCUCAUGAAGAAGGCCUACGAGCUGAGCGUGCUGUGCGACUGCGAGAUCGCCCUCAUCAUCUUCAACAGCACCAACCGCCUCUUCCAGUACGCCAGCACCGACAUGGACAGGGUGCUGCUCAAGUACACGGAGUACAGCGAGCCGCACGAGAGCCGCACCAACUCCGACAUCCUGGAGACGCUGAAGCGCAAGGGGCUGGAGCAGCAGGAGCUGGAGCUGGACGAGGACACGGAGAAGCCGCGGCGGGCGGACGAGGGCAUGGACUUGUCGGUGGCGCGGCCCCGCUUCCACCCCCCGGCGCCGCUGCCCGGCCACGAUGCAGCCUACGGCAGCCCCCCGGCACCCACGGGCGAUGGGAGCCAGGGCCGCCCGCCCGUCUUCAAGCCGGCURUGCCGAAGCCUGGGCAGCCUGCGGGCCGCCCGCUGGCUCCGCUGACGCCAGGUCUGGGCUACCCGCUCUUCUCUGCGGGCCACCUCAGCCGAGCCCUGGCCACCAAGACGCCCCCGCCGCUGUUCCUGGGGGCCGAUGGGCACCGCRGCGAGGCCCCGGGGGGCACGGCUGGCGGCAGGAGCGGUGCCGGCGCGGCGCGAGCGCUCUACGCCGGCCUGCAGACCCUGAGCCCCGUGCUCGCCCCGGGCGCCGCCACCCCCGGCCUCGCCGCCUUCCCCUUCCUCACCUCCGCAGCCGCAGAGUUCGGGGCUGGCGAGGCUCCUGCCGCCUUCCCGCAGGCCGGCCCGGCCGCGUCGUGGCAGCCCCCGCGGGACGCGGCAGCGCUGGGGAUYGGCAGCAGGAUCGUCCCCACCGACGAGCCGUCCGCCAGCAGCCCCCCGCAGCCCCAGGCCAUCAGCAUCAAGGCGGAGCGGGUCUCCCCGGGGCUCGGCUGCCCCGUGGGACCCACCCUGGGCAACUUGUCCUCCCUGAGCGAAGCCCCCCGUGUCCCCGGGGACCUGCAGCCGCGUGACGACUACGCCAAGGGCUACCCCUACCCGCUGGCUCUGUCCCGGCCGCUGGCGGAGGAGCAGCGGCCCCCGGUGCCCGUGCGGCGCCUGCAGCCCGUGGACACGUGGCCGAGAUAG